AGAGGCAUCAGUCCUGGGUGUGUUGUCACACGUUCAGAUAAGAUUCAAGAAUUGCUUGCAAAAAAAAGGGUAAAGGAGGAGGAAAAGUUCGGAGAAAAAUUCGAGCAAAAGAUGAGCGGGAGAGAAAGAAGAAAGAAAGAGCUGAAAUGAAGAAGCGCAAAGGCCCUGCACGGAAGAAGAAAACAGCUGCAGGUGCACUAUUAGAAUCGCUUGCUGAUCAGUCUGAGCCUUCUGGCAAUGAGGAGUUGAAUUGGGAUGAACUUGCAGGCGACUGGAAUCAGGGAGGAUCGUACGGGUAUUCUUCUUCAGAAUCCGAAACAGGUUUAGCCAACAAUACAAGAACUCAGUUGGAUAAGGAGGACCUUACUGGAUCUGAGAAGAAGGCUACAGGAGAGGGUCAGCAAGCUGAUGCUGCCACAAAACUUCCCACAACUAGGAGCAAGGGUGCACGAAGUGGUACGCAUACUUCAAGUGGUACUAAAGAGGGUCAGCAAGCUGAUGCUGCCACGAAACUUCCCACAACUAGGAGCAAGGGUGCACGAAGUGGUACGCAUACUUCAAGUGGUACUAAAGAGGGUCAGCAAGCUGAUGCUGCCACGAAACUUCCCACAACUAGGAGCAAGGGUGCACGAAGUCAGGGGCGGAUCCAGGGGUGAUUUUGAGGGGCUGAAGCCCCCCCCUUUUGAAAAAACUACCUAUGUAUUGCUAGUCUGAGGUUACAACAAUUUUGCCACCAACCUUGUUACUUAUGCAUCUGCAUGUAGACUCACUGACUUAAGAGAUGCUAGACAACAGCCAAGUCUAGCUACUAAGAGUAUAAAGGAUGUAGGCUAGCUAGCUGGACGUACAUACUAGCUAGCUAGCUAGUAGCUAGAACUAAUAUAAAAGUGCAUAGGUCAACUAUUGCUGUUGCUGAGUCAGCUCCUUGUGCAAUGUUUGUAGCCUCGAUCAUAUCCCAGGCCUCUCUUCCUAGGCCUUGUGAAGGAGGCUAUUGUGCAUGCUGUUGAGCUGCAACAUGGAGCAGAUCUCAGACUUUUUCAGCUAGUUGCAAGGAA